UAAUACGGAGCAUUUGACCUUCAGAUCUCUACAACUGAAUCUCCUGACACCACAAUUAGGAAAGAGUGCCUUCAGAACCAAUAUGUAGCAAAUGGGUAUCACACCUCCAAAGCUCCUCCCUUGGUUCGACACUUGCAUGUUUUAAGGAUCCUUGUUGCCUCAGCAGUGACUUGUUCUUGUGAACUUCAGAAACAGAUUUCAUGUGGUGCUCUCUAAACAUUGAGUCACCAUGAGUAGUAGUCUAGGAAAAGAAAAAGACUGUAAAGAGAAGGAUCCAAAAGUCCCAUCGUCAAAAGAAAGGGAGAAGGAGGCCAAAGCCUCUGGAGGAUUUGGGAAAGAGAGCAAAGAAAAGGAGCCUAAGACCAAAGGGAAAGAUGCCAAAGAUGGAAAGAAGGACUCCAGUAGCACGCAGCCUGGGGUAGCUUUUUCAGUGGACAAUACAAUAAAAAGACCUAAUCCAGCCACAGGUACCCGCAAAAAAUCCAGCAAUGCUGAGGUGAUCAAAGAGCUAAAUAAAUGCCGGGAAGAGAAUUCAAUGCGCUUGGACUUGUCCAAGAGGUCUAUACACAUGCUUCCAUCAGCUAUCAAAGAGCUAACGCAGUUAACAGAACUUUAUUUAUACAGUAACAAACUGCAGUCCCUCCCGGCAGAGGUGGGCUGUCUUGUGAACCUGAUGACACUGGCCCUGAGUGAAAAUUCACUCACCAGUUUGCCUGACUCUCUUGAUAACUUGAAGAAACUGCGCAUGCUUGACCUGCGGCACAACAAACUUCGCGAAAUCCCUUCGGUGGUGUACAGGCUGGGCUCCCUCGCCACCCUUUACCUACGCUUUAAUCGUAUAACUACUGUGGAAAAGGAUAUCAAAAACUUGUCAAAACUCACCAUGCUUAGCAUACGGGAGAACAAAAUCAAGCAACUACCUGCUGAAAUUGGUGAGUUGUGUAACCUCAUAACGCUGGAUGUAGCGCACAAUCAGCUUGAACAUCUUCCAGAAGAGAUUGGAAGCUGCACGCAGAUCACCAACCUUGACUUGCAGCACAAUGAGCUCUUGGACCUGCCAGAAACCAUAGGAAAUCUAUCCAGUCUAAGUCGUCUUGGCCUGAGGUACAAUAGGCUGUCAGCAAUUCCGAAGUCUUUAGCAAAAUGCAGUGAACUUGAUGAACUGAACCUGGAGAACAACAACAUUUCUACUUUGCCAGAGGGUCUUUUAUCCAGCCUUGUCAAACUGACUAGUUUAACACUGGCCAGGAACUGCUUCCAGUCCUAUCCCGUGGGUGGCCCGUCCCAGUUCUCUACAAUCUACUCUCUCAAUAUGGAGCACAACCGCAUCAAUAAAAUCCCCUUUGGAAUUUUCUCUAGAGCUAAAGUAUUAAGUAAGCUGAACAUGAAGGACAAUCAGCUGACCUCUCUCCCCCUGGACUUUGGGACUUGGACUAGUAUGGUAGAACUGAACUUAGCGACUAAUCAGCUCACAAAAAUCCCUGAGGAUGUAUCUGGGCUUGCUUCUCUUGAGGUUCUUAUCUUGUCCAACAAUCUACUAAAGAAACUUCCCCAUGGAAUUGGAAAUCUACGGAAGCUCCGAGAGCUAGAUCUAGAGGAAAACAAACUGGAAUCCUUGCCAAAUGAAAUAGCUUACCUCAAGGAUCUGCAGAAAUUGGUUCUGACUAAUAAUCAGUUGACCACCCUUCCCAGAGGUAUCGGUCACCUUACCAAUCUGACACACCUUGGGCUUGGAGAGAACCUUCUCACACACCUUCCUGAGGAAAUUGGUACACUGGAGAAUCUGGAAGAACUGUAUUUGAAUGACAACCCCAAUCUGCACAGCCUUCCUUUUGAGCUGGCUCUUUGCAGCAAACUGUCAAUAAUGAGUAUUGAGAACUGCCCACUCAGCCACCUUCCACCUCAGAUUGUUGCAGGAGGACCCUCCUUCAUCAUUCAGUUCCUAAAAAUGCAGGGACCAUAUCGUGCCAUGGUCUGAUGCUAAUCGGAUUGUCCAAUACACUGUACAAAAUACAAACUGCAUUAAUGUUGUAAUUGUCUGUAUAUGUAUAUAUAAUAUAAUAUAUCUGGCUUAUAUUAUAUUAUAUAUAUAUAUAAAUAUAUAAAUAAUAUAAAAAGGCAAAUUUAAGACUGCAUUAUUUUUUUCUGCUAAUAGGAAUCAUAGCCAUUUAGAUUUUCUUUUUUUAUUCUGUAAAAAUGCUUGUCUAAGUUUUCUUUGCUGAAUUUGAUGGAAGUUGUCUGAAUAAUCUGGUAAUGCCAGUUCAUUUAAAGCAAUUGCCAAUGAACUCAAAGUUUAAAUUUAAGGGACAAAAAAUAGUUUUGCUUAGAUUUACUUUCAGUUAAGAGAAAUGUAUAACCUUUAUAUAAUGAACUUUUCUGGUUUUCUCCCUCUUUUUUUUUUUUUUUUUAAAUGUCAAAACCUGAAAGGGUCAUGUGUCCUGAGGUUGGGAUUUUCUUUUAACUUAUUUGAGAUUUGAAGCAAAUGGUGUUUUUAUAUUGUUUACAGUCAGAGUAAAUCACUGGAUUUUGUUUUAUUCUGAUUUGCUCUGUUUUAAUCAAUCAUAUCUAGAAUUUAUAUGCCUCUGCUGAUGAAUUUUUAUCAACCGGUUUGUAUACUAAAAACAUAUACUCAUCAGAACAACUGGCAGGUGAAAAGGAUGCAGUCAAAACAAAAAGGAAAAAAAAAAGAAAAAAGCUUGAAUUCCCUUAAGUCUUGCUUCCCUGAGUUAUCAGUUACAGGCAUAACAUAUCUGAACUGAGCCUUUUGCAGUUGGUCUUUUCUAGCACAAGUAAAUCUUUUCCGAUGGGUAAAACGUCGAGUGUUCUCAGUGAAGAGCAGUUUUCGUUUUGUGAAGUAACAAUUCCAUGAGGUCUAACAGUGCAGUUAAGUGGCAAGGAAAUAAUAUAUAUGUACAUUUUUAUUACAAUGUUGAGUCAAAAACUACAACAGGCAAUUUUAAGGAUUCCUUAUAGUCCUUGUACAAUAAAUGAAUGUGUCUUACUUUUAAA